GUCAUUGUAAAUAUCAUCACUUGCUCAUGUAACUACUAUCUUAUCAUAAGGUAUUGUGAAAUACAGUUUUGUAACAAGUAAUUUUGUCCAGGCUAAAACUGCUGGAGAUCAAAAUCUCAGAAAAUGAAGAAUCACUUCAUAUCAGCAGCAUUGCUUGUUUGGUGCAACGCAGUGUUUUCUUUCAAAGGGUUUGAAGCAUUCCUGUUUUCGGAUGACUGCCCGGCAAACGCGCCGUGCUCCUGCCUAGGACCGGCGGAUCACGCCUUGAUCCUCUGCAGCAACAACCAACUGACUUCCGUUCCACAAUUUCACUCAUCACAACUUCAUUCCAAAGAGCUUAACAUAUUUCUUAACGAUAACAAGCUAACGACUAUACCCAACUACGUGUUUCGAAGUCUUGCCAGCAUGAAUGCAGCAUCCAUACAUCUGCAGCUCGACUCUAAUAUGAUCAACUACAUUGCAUCUAAUGCAUUUGAUGGGAUUGAAAACGUCAUUACCAUACUUCAGCUACAAAAUAAUCGUUUGACUUCUGUGCCAGAGGCCGUAGGAAACCUGCACAGUCUUAACUAUUUAGAUAUAACACACAACCCUUUCAAAUAUUUAGGUAUAUCAGUUAUGUCUGGGAUAGGACUAUCACUGAAAACCUUGUACAUAGAUUUAAGCCCUUUUCCAGUGUGGCCUACGGAGCUUAUUUCCUUACGAAGAUUGGAGCAUCUUACUAUAUCUAGUAUACCAUAUACCGCUAUGAAUUCUAGUGAUUUCCGAGGAUUUGAGAACACUCUUAUUACCCUUAACAUUGAAGAAUCACCAAGAUUGAAGAAGAUUCCGUGUGCCAUUACGCGGCUUUCACAGCUUAAAUCCCUUUAUCUUGACUACUUCAGUCAGUUGGGCGCAAACGAUAGUUCAAUUUUUGAAAACUGUACGCAACAGAGCCGAUCUGUUUCUUCGUUCACAUUGGAGCACAGCAAUAUGACUACAUUUCCCGAUGUUUUCAACUUUUUUCCAAGUUUAACCAGUUUGAACCUUCUUGGUAACUCGCUUGAAAUCAUCGAGGCUGAAAAAAUCCCACCGGGAAAUAGACUGGCUGAAAUAGAUCUUGCUUCCAAUAAUUUUAAAAGAAUUCCAUCAGCUCUGAAUAAGAUGAAAUAUCUAUCACACCUUGACCUGACGAACAAUGACAUAGUUUCAGUUGAAGACGUAGACCUUAGUGGUCUGUCUCAACUACAGGAGCUAAGUCUUUCCGAUAAUCCAGUGCGUUACAUCUCUACCCACACCUUUGAUAACAAUAAGCAGCUGACAACAUUAAACUUAGCAAAUACGAAUCUGAGAAUCUUACCAGCUGCAGUUACUUCGCUGGCGCAUCUAACUGACAUUGACUUCAGCGGCGUCCAUAUCAUGUGCAGUUGCGAAAUGUCCUAUCUUAAAAGUUGGAAUAUUACGUCUAUUCUGUCGUUUGAUGGAGUGUGUGCCAAUACGCAGACAAAUCUCAAGAAUUACAUCACAGCGUCUUUAAAACUUUGCCCAUGAAGGAAAGAAAAUCUUGGUCGGUUCCAUAUGAAAUACUAUUUUGUAUGUAUAAUCCGCCAAUAUUAGAAAUAAAACUCUUCAUAGAACAAAAAAAAAAUGUUGAUAAUAGUCAUAACAGUGACAAGUACUAAAAUGGGAGGCGUGAAUUAGUUUUAAUAAGUUCGCACGAAUGAGAAGUAAGUCAAGAUUCAACGAGAUAGUGAUACAACUCGUUUUGGCUCUUAUUUAUAAACACAGUAGUAUAGUAUAUUAUACGGUACUCCUCAUUUACAUGGGUCAAACAGUGUUGUUGUACUUACAAAAUAGACUGACCUGGUUUAUAGAAUGGUCAGGGCUACAGGAAUGCGAUAUGUAUUGUAUUUUGUCAUCAUUUUUAGCAUGAAUUCCCUUCAGUUUGGAACUCUCACUUACUUUCACUUUGUUAAAAAUGUAUAAUUUCCAA